AUGGUGAAAGCAAAGAAAGCAGCUCAACAAGCCGAAUCAUCCAGGGAAGAGAAGCAUGCAGAGGCUGAAGGAAGUCGGAGGUCACUCUCUGAUGGCGAACCUGAAUCGCCUCCGCCGAGAAACGAUAUGCAUGUUUCUGAUGUACUUCCUGAGGUGACUGAGGAGCUUGACUCGUUCAACACUGCGAAUGAGAAAGCUGCUUCAGAAGAUAGCGAUGAAAGAACUCCGGGUCUUGGGGAGGAGCCAUCUGCGAAAGUGCCUGAAGCAGAUCUGCAACCACUAAUCGGAUCCUCUAAUGCUGACAUUCAAGAUGUUCCGGUCACUGAUAAAUCGUCGGAAGAGAAGGUUGAGUCUGCUCUACAGAUGGUGGUUGUUGAAGAUGAGAAGGAACAGAGUGGAGCUGAUGUUGAAUCCGGCAAGGCGGGUGAUGACGAACCCAAAGAUGAUGAAGCUUCACAGAAGGAAGUGAGAAAGAAACGAGUGCUGCAGCGAUUAGGGUUGCGUUCCGCAAAACAAAGGAAGACAGGGGAGUCUAGUACACCAACUCAAUCUCAGUUUCUCACACCAGGAGAUGCAGCCAAGUCUCCAUAUUUGGCUAAGGAAGCAGAAGCCUCACCUCGUUUGAGAUCGAGAAGGUCUGGUGACAAAAGUGCUGAACCAAUGCCUCCUCUCAUCAAGAAAAGGUAUGAUCAGUUCCUUAAGCGUAAGGUACUUGCUGAGCGUUCGGUAGAUUUGAAGGAGGCUGAUCAGUGGGGGUACUUGGCGGUUAUUAAAAAGGGGUCUAUGGAAUCAACUGUCUCGAAUCUUGCUGUGUAUGUUGAGCAAGUUGUAGCUGAGUUCUAUGCAGGUCUGCCGAGUACCAAAGCUGAAGCAGAUGUUGAUGAAGUAAUUGUCUCUGUGAGAGGACAAACGUACAAGUUCUCACCUGCGCUCAUCAACAAUUCCAUAGAUUGGGAACCACUUUCUGAGGAUGAAGUGGAGGAAGAUGCAACUUUGGAUGAAAUCUCAGUAACCGAGUUGGCUUCAUUCAUCACUGGAGAUACGAGGACAGAAUGGGAAGGUCUCACUACAGCGGAUCUUACUUCAUGCUACGGUGCUUUGAUGAUCAUAGCUGCCUACAACUGGAUUCCCUCUACUCACAAGACGUAUGUCUCACUUGAGAGGGCAAGGUUGAUAUACAAGAUGGCUCAUGGAGUCCGUGCUGAUUUGGGUAAGAUGAUGUUCAGACAGAUUCUCAAUCUUGGAGUGACUCAGGUCAAUGAUGCACGUUGGUUGAUCUUCCCUCGCUUGAUCAUGGCACUUCUCCAAAGCCAGCAUGAUGUUCCAUCUUAUCCCAGUGACAAGCUUCAACGUCCGGUUCCUUACAAGAAGGAUAAACGAGUGGGUGAGAUCUAUGAGCAGAGACUAGCUAAAGGAAAGGCACCAUCUAGAAGUGAACCAAAGAGAAGCUCUGCCAGGACAACACGUCAGUCCUCUCCUGCUCCGAUUCCUGCUCCACGAACUGCUACACCAAGCUCCAGGACUGCACCACGUCGUGUAUCUCUUUAUGAACUUGGAUCAGUUGCCAUCCCUCAAGGACCACUCAGCCGUGUUGAUUUGCAAGUGGCACUACAGGAUACAACACGAGCUCUUCAAGCGCUAGCUGAGAUAGUUCAGGAUCUUCAGAGCGCUGUAGCAGGUUAG